UCCAUCGCAGCCACACUAGGCUGCUGUUGUCCACCGCACCGAUGCGUAAAUAUCCCAAAGAAGAAAAGUCCUCUCUUCUCCGGACAGAGACACAGAGCACCGAGGGGACCUUGUGGAAAGACUGUUUUGUCUCUUCUGAUGGUUCAAAGUAACCGAAGCUGGACUGAUUCCACUUUACAGGAUUGUAGUCGGUCACCUUCUUCUCUACGCAAGAAGACACAUCUGCACAGAGCAGCUGUGAGACUCUAAGAUGAGAGAGAAGAUGUGGAUAUUUUACAGCGCCGACAACUCAAAGUGUCUCCUCUCUAUCUGGAACCAGUGGUGUUUGUGUUACGCUGCGGUGUUGUGUUUGUUGUUCUCUUCUGUCAGGACGCAGGACGCCUGUCCGUCGUCCUGCGUCUGUGCCAGAGACUCGUUGACAGUGACCUGCAGAGACGGAGAGGACACCGGAGAGGUACCUGGAGACAUCCCGGAGUGGACGUCCACCUUGAUACUCCAGGGGAGGAACAUUUCAACUUUACAGCGCGGUGCGUUCAUGAGCAACGGGACGGGGGAGUUACUGCAAAUGAAGACGCUUUUUCUGUCCUAUAACGGGAUACAAACCAUUGAACCUUACGCCUUCCUGGGACUCCCCAGACUGCAUGUGCUGGAUCUGAGCCACAACCAGCUGGAGUUUAUCUCAGCCAGAGCUUUCCACGGACUCACGGAGCUGCGGUCUCUGUACCUGAACUACUCCAUCGUGCCUCCGGCCGCGGAGCAGCAGCUCUCCAACGCGCUGCAAAGUCUGCGCAACCUGCACAGACUGGAGCUGGCUGGAAACAUGCUUAAACACAUCCCACUGUUGAGAUUAGACAUGCACAACCUCCACUUGUUAGUGCUGGUAAAUAACUCCAUAGAGAGCAUAGGAGGGGAAAACGUCACUAUUCUGUACCAACAAAGGCGCAUCCGCGUCUACCUGUCUUUGAACCCGUUCCGGUGCACCUGUGAGCUGGAGGCGUUUUACUACUGGUUGAAGAACUCGUCCCAGUGCCCGGAUGCAGGCAGGCUCCUGUGCAUGGAGCCGGAGGCCAAGAGGGGGGUCCCCGUGGAGAAGCUGCGCGAGGAGGAUGUGGAUUGUAUGAAUGAGAACCUGGAGGCGGUUUCAUACGUGUUCCUGGGGAUAGUGCUGGCUCUGAUCGGGGUGGUGUUUCUGAUGGUGUUGUAUCUGAACAGGGGAGGCAUCAAAAGGUGGCUCAACAACAUCAGGGACGCGUGCAGAGACCAGAUGGAGGUCUACCAUUACCGAUACGAGCAGGACUCGGAUCCCAGACUGGCCAAUGUGGCUGUUUAGCCUCCUGAAGCAUCAUCAGGCCAACUUAGGACUGGGGACAUUCCCUGGCAAGUGUCCUGUUACAGUCCAAAAUCAAUAGUUUUUACAACCAGUUUCAUCAUUUUCAGCAGCUGGCUGAAUGAACUGCAUGUGUAAUCCCCCUCACACUGGGAUAUGCACAGAGCCAAACACACUUAAAUGACUAUUACAGUAAGUGUUCAUCUUGCACAACUGAAUACUUCCACUUUUAUUGUACAUAUCUCCUCAAGAGAGGAAUGCUUUUCAUGUUAUCUUGCACAGUCUACAGCAGUUUUGUCAGACUAACUUAGUAUUAUCUUAUUAACAAAGUGACAAAUAUACAGUAAAGGUAUAUAUAUAUAUGUAUAAGUUCUGAUUUGAAAAACUGGAAUGACUGACAGCCUUUGCAAAUUGUUGCAAACUAUACAUUCAGGAUACCCCCACAGAGAGAACAAUUUUUCUAAUCUACUGAGGGAUUGCAUAUUGCAAAGGGUGAGAGAGAGAAAAGUGGUAUAGAGAAAGAGACGGCAAGAUGAGGCAAGGAGGCUGGUAUAAGUGCCAUGUUCGUGCAAGCAGGAGAUGCUUGAGUAGACUGUCAUAUUGCAUCACCAGGAACAUGGGAUAAGUUACCAACCUUGUCUUGCCGAACAGACCUCUGAUCUCUGGGAAACAGCACACGUGUAUCAUCAUUUGACAGCAGGUCAGUUUAUCAGUGAAGGGGUUGAAAGAGGAAGAGAGAGAAUCUAACCAUGCAUGUGAUUGUUGUAGGCAUAGAAAACCAACCGAAACAUUAAUAAAAAAGG